AUGGCAGCACCGCGUUCCUACAGGUCCUUCGCUGCAGCACUGCGUCAGGAGGAGGCACUGGAGCUGCGACUCAGGGCUGAUGCACGGGAAGCGCAGGUGGAGUCCGAAGCUCUUCGAGCGGCGAUUUAUUCAGAGGCUCUCCAGCAAUCUGCAGAAGAGGAGAGUGCUGAGGCCUUGCUGCUCCAGCUCCAAGAGGCCGAGGCUCAGGCAGCUGCCACCUGGGCGGAGUACGAAGAGCCUCUGGCGCAGGAGGCUAAUGCACGGGCAACCCUCCGGCUCCAGUUGCAGGAGCUUGAAGAGCAGCACUCGGUACAUGCGGAAGCCGAGUGCAGAUUGCUAGAUGUUCUCGAAGCGCGACGGUCAGAAGUGGCGGAGCUUGGUCAGAACCACGAGGCCCACGAAGAGCACCACGGCAACCUGCACCAGCAGGUCUUGAAUGCGAUUGAUCUCCUCGAGCGCAUGAGGGAAGAGCACUGUCAGCAGCAGGUUGCAUUGUCCCAUGCACGGACUGGCGCCUCGCGACAUCAGGAGGACCUCAGCAGGCUAAUGCACACUGCUUCGACCCACCAGGGCCGUGUUCACGCAGCCUCGGCAGAGAUUGCGCACCUGGCCCUGGAGAUGGAGAACAUGCUUGCUAGUGGUGCGAAGGCGAAUGAGGUUGGCUGGCUCCAGCAAGAGCUGCAGGAAAGAGAAGAGCAGCGAUAUCCCACACCUGGGAUUAUCUAUGACAAGGCCUCGCAGUUGUACCUCGAAGAUCCAUCAUACUGGAAUUAUUGGGAUCGUGCUACCAAGCCAGGCUACCCUGCUGAUGACCAGCUGGAAAGCUACGUAACUUCCCCGCCAAAUAUUUGGUGGGAACAGCGUAGGCUUUGGCGCGAUAAAUGGAAGCAGUUGGGAGUGGGCGAUGAGGGUCAAACUACCUUCCCGUAUGAUGGCCGACCACCACCUGGCUGGAACGGCCGCUGUGUCAAGGAGCCUGGGCUGCUGAAAGCGGACUGGGGGCGGCCAAAGCUCUGGUGGGAAUGGCUGGAGGGGCCGCCCGACCCGCUGGACUGGAAGAGUGGGCUGAAAUCGGCGGUCAAAUCCAUGGCCGGCGACUUUCUCAGCAAUUUCUUUGACAAUGACAAGUGCACUUUGCCAAUCGGCCUGGACACUCCCAUCUCCAAGUACUGGAAGGAGUCGGGUCAAGCUGGCUACGACUUGGAGCAGCCUGGUGCUCCCUGGCCACGGCGCGGAACCUUUCGCAGAGAGAAAGCCGAUCAGAAAGUAUACGCGGACUGGGAUCAAGAGAAGUGGCUGGCAGAGCACACGUUACGACGGCCGACGAUGAAAGGCUUUCCGAAAGCGUUCACACCACACGGUCUGGAGCGUGCCACUCCGCGGUUUGAAGAUAGGUUUGCAGAGGAUGAGCCCGGGACUUUGGAUCCUCGCCUGCCGCGCCCUGCAGGUUUACCUGACCUGAAUAAGUACACCGAGAGCCAGCGGGAAGAAAUGUUCCACGCUUUUGAUGGCAACUCUGGAGCCUUGGGCGUGGGAGACGAUAUGAUGACAAAAAUGCUUGGCGGCGACAUGGCGGAAAUGAAAGCCUACAAGCGCCUGAUGAAAGUGGAGCCGCAGUGGUUGAACAACUUUCUUGAAGGCAAGGUCAGCGCAAAGGAACACCCUGUGGGGUAUGGAAUCGACGAGAAGACCUUCCAGACAGAGAAGGAGCCUGAGCAUCCUGUGUGGGAACCAACGCCGCCGCCGUGGCACCCGAGGGACAUGCUGAAGAAGAUCCCGAGCUUCGAGAAGAUCUGGAAUGAGCGAAUGGAGCGAGCUCUGAGAGCUGCUGCCAACAUGAGCCGAUUUUCUGGUCGGGCUGCCCGCGAAGCACAAGAUGACUUGGAUCAUCAGUGGCAGCAUCUAAGCAAGCCACUCGACAAGUCAGCGAGAGGCCUUUUGAAGAGGGCCGAGGCUGAGGCUGAGGCUGAGCGAGCUUCCGAGCCGCCUUUGGUGACAGCAGCGGAUGAGGCAGAGGUGAGAAUGAAUGCUCUGGCGAGCGCCAAUGCAGCCGACACGAGCGGCCCUGCAGAUGAUCCUCACGAGCAGUUUGCGGCUGUGCCCGCUUCCAAAGCGAAGGGUGCAGACACCGAGAUUCCACAAGAACAAAAGGUUGACGCCAAGGAGGCUAGUGCUCGACCGGCACAAAGCACUGCCGGCGCCAGCGCUGGCAACCAGAAGCUUUCUUUACCGACCCGAGGCAGCGCUGCCUCAUCAAAGAAGAAGGACUACAAUGCAUUGUCCAGCGAGGAUGCCUACACAUCGAUCGCGGGUCGAUCCAAGGUGGACCCAGUUGCACUGACGAAAGUGAGCUCUGGCGCAGUGCUGCUUCUUGCAUCUGGAGUUCUCACGCCCCAACAAAGAGCUUUGUCCUCCCGUUCAUUUCUUUGA